ACUGAGAAAAGAGAGAGAGAGAGAGAGAACCAGAAAGCCUUCAUCUUUGACUCUUCUCUCAAAACUCCCAAAUUUCCACAAAAUUAGGGUUCCUUCCACGCAAUUCUCUCCAAAAUUAGGGCUUCGAUCUCCAUCAACAUUCCCAAAUUUUCAACCCAAAGCCAUGCUCUUCUCCUUCUCCUUCUCUUCCAGCUUCUAGGGCUUCCAAUUUCACGGUUUCACUACCCGCCAAUUCGAAUUUCGGUGUUCUUCACGCCAUUCUCUAUAUAAUUUAGGGUUUCCAAUCCCUUUUCCCUUGAAUUUCUUAUUUUUCAUCUCGAUUUUUGGUAGAUCUCUUCGUUUGGGGGGUUCGGAAUUGCAAAUUUAAGCCAUAAAAAUUGCGCCUUUGGUUCCGGUGAUGUCGGUGCCGGCGAUCGCGCUUUACGCGGGACCGCCGAGUCACCACCCUUGCCAGCUCGCGUCGGCGGCCGCGUCUCAUGGUUCACCGGACAACGACUUCAACCCCCGCCCUCCGCCGCCGUCCUCAUGCUCGAAGCCGGUCGCUACCGGCGGCCUCUCAUGCCUUUUCUCCUCCUCAUCCCCUUCCCCCUCGGCUCGCCAUUUUUCCGGCGCCGUUGAUGAGAUCGGCUCUCUUUGGCAUGACCGGCCUGACGACCUCGCCAGCUCCUUCUCUUUCAAGUCCCGCGACCCCAGCCCUGUCUCCGUUCUCCACGGCCCCUCCAGUCGUAGCCCUCCGUCCCUUUGGAUUUCCCGGGAUUGGAUUGGGUGUGAUCUGAGAAGUGGAAGGGAGCGACUCAUCAAUGGCUUUGUGACAAAUGCUUUGGGUUCUUGCUUGGAUUAUGAUUCUCCAAGCUUUCCGAUGCCCGGAGGCAGUGAUCUUGAUGAGGAGAAGGAGGAGGAGGAGUUGGCUUUCAAUUUGGAAGAUGGUUUAGAUGUCGCCACACCGAUGAAUUUGCUCGCCAGAGCUCAAGAAAGGCAUAAGAUUUUCUUUGAUGAAUUGGUUAUUAAGGCAUUCUAUGAAGCCGAAAAAGCUCAUCGAGGGCAGAUGAGGGCGAGUGGUGAUCCAUACUUGCAGCAUUGUGUUGAAACGGCGGUGUUGUUGGCGAAAAUUGGUGCUAAUGCCACCGUUGUUUCUGCCGGGCUUUUACAUGAUACAAUUGAUGAUUCUUUUAUUGAUUAUGAUUAUAUUCUCCGGGUUUUUGGUGCUGAAGUUGCUGGUCUUGUUGAAGGGGUGUCGAAGCUUAGUCAGUUGAGUAAGCUUGCUCGGGAAAAUAAUACUGCUUGUAAGACUGUUGAAGCGGAUCGAUUACACACAAUGUAUCUCGCAAUGGAAGAUGCAAGGGCAGUUCUUAUUAAGUUGGCGGACAGGUUGCAUAACAUGAUGACUUUGGAUGCGCUGCCUAUGGUCAAGCAACAGAGGUUUGCAAAAGAAACUCUUGAAAUCUUUGCGCCGUUGGCGAAUAGGUUAGGUGUUUCAACUUGGAAGGAGCAACUAGAAAAUUUGUGUUUCAAGUAUCUCUAUCCGGAGCAGCACAAGGAGUUAUCAUCCAAACUUGUUAAGUCAUUCAAUGAAGCCUUGAUUGCCUUGGCUACAGAGAAACUUGAAAGGGCUCUCAAGGAUGAAAGCGUGUCAUACCAUGUUUCGGGACGACACAAGAGCUUGUACAGCAUUUACUCGAAGAUGCUCAGGAAGCGACUAACCAUGGACGAAAUACAUGACAUUCAUGGGUUGAGAUUGAUAGUUGAAAGCAAAGAAGAUUGUUAUAAAGCACUGAACAUUGUUCAUAGAUUAUGGCCUGAAGCUCUCGGAAGGCUUAAAGAUUACAUUGUCCAUCCCAAGUUCAACGGGUAUCAAUCAUUGCAUACGGUUGUUCUUAGCGAAGACAUGCUCCCUCUGGAGGUACAAAUACGAACCGAAGAGAUGCAUCUUCAAGCGGAGUUUGGAUUUGCUGCGCAUUGGAGAUACAAGGAAGGCGAACACAAGCACUCAUCUUUCGUGCCUCAAAUGGUAGAAUGGGCCAGAUGGGUCUUGACUUGGCAAUGUGAGGCAAUGAACACCGAUCGAAUUAGGCCACCGUGCCCGUUCCCUUCUCAUGCGGAAGACUGCCCUUAUUCUUACACACGGCAAUGCAAUCAUGAUGGUCCCGUCUUCAUCAUUAUGCUGGAAAAUGACAAGAUGUCGGUGCAGGAGUUUCCUGCAGAUUCAACAGUAAUGGAUUUAUUGGAGAAGGCGGGACGAGGAAGCCCGAGAUUGGGACCAAACAGUUUCCCUGUGAAGGAGGAGUUGAGGCCGAGGCUGAACCACAAAAUGGUCAGUGACCCGAAGAUGAAGCUGAGGAUGGGGGAUGUCGUGGAGCUGACUCCGGCAAUACCUGAUAAAUCUCUAACACAGUAUAGGGAAGAGAUCAAGCGCAUGUACAACCGAGGUCUGGCUGUGCCGAUCGAGGGAGGGUGGAAGAGCUGACCCAAAUGUAAGUGUCCGGACCUUGAAUGUCAAACAUGUUUGCUAAUCCAUUGAUUCAUUGUACAUAUCUCUGUAUAUCAUAUGAAAUUGUACAGAAACUUCUCACUGUUAGUAAUAUGCAAUGUUUUAUUCACUGAUGA